AUCUGAAUUCUGAAUGAUGGCGAUAGUUUAGUCCCUUUCGCCGCUCAAAACAAUUUUUCUGGGUCCAUUCCAAUUAAUUAUGCUCUAGUUUUUCCUUGCCCUUUUCUUCUUCAUAUAUCCACACUAAGCCAAACAAACUUUCCUUCAAAUCAUUUGACCUUAGCUUCUGCUUUUCUCACUAGCUUCUUUUUUUAGGGUUUAUCUGAAAUGGGCACUCAAAAUUUGUCCGACUUUUUCAAAGAAUCCGAGAUGACCGAUGAUAUUUUCAGCAUUCUCGAAGCUUUCGAAAAUGCUUCCGAUUGCAAUAGUCCGCAGAUGAUGCGGUUGGAAUUAUCUAACGAUGAAAGCUUUGAGUUCCAAAAAUCACCUUUUCUAGAAUCUGAGAUUGACGCCGCCGCCGAAGCUGCUUCUCCCAAAUGCAAGAGGCAGAAGCUGAGCGCAGCCGCUGCCGCCGUGGAAGAUGGGCAGCCACGAAUGUUGUCUCACAUUUCAGUAGAGAGGAAUCGAAGAAAGCAAAUGAAUGAGCAUAUCUCCGUGCUUCGUUCUUUGAUGCCUUGCUUUUAUGUUAAAAGAGGUGACCAAGCAUCCAUAAUAGGAGGAGUUGUGAACUACAUCAAAGAGCUGCAACAAAUUCUGCAGUCAAUGGAAGCCAAGAAGCAAAGGAAAGCCUACACCGAUGUUCUGAGCCCUCGGCCCGGACCUCUCAGCCCGAUGAGGCCCGCAUUGAGCCCAAUCCUAAGCCCGAGGACCCCCCAACCGAGCAGCCCGUACAAGCCGAGGCUGGGCUUCCUCAAUUCGCCUUCCCUCCCGAGCCCGGCCGAGCUCUCCCCGUGCAAUUCUUCGACCAACGACAGUGUGAAUGAGCUCGUGGCCACUUCAAGAUCGGCUGUGGCUGAAGUGGAGGUCAAAUUCUGUGGCCCGAAUCUACUGCUGAAGACGGUGUCGCACUCAAUCCCGGGCCAGGUUGUGAAGAUUGUCUCGGCCCUCGAAGACCUUGCACUCCAGAUCCUCCAAGUCAAUGUCAACAAGCUUGAUGAGAAGAUGCUCCAUUGUUUCACCAUUAAGAUCGGAAUCGAGUGUCAACUUAGUGCACAAGAAUUAGCUGAGCAUAUUCAACAGACAUUCUGCUAAUAACCUUUGCUUCUACCUUGAUAACCCUAGCUAGCUAGCUAACUCUCUCAGUUUCUGUCUCGCGCGCCUUUAUGGAUGGAAAAUGAGACAAUAAAGAUGGGGAAAUGAUUAUUAACCACCAUCGCACUCUAAUUAUGUCCAUUAUUUAUUAGAGAUUACUUGUAAUUGUUGUCACUUUAGUGCUUAAUUUGAAUCUUGAUAAGCACUUUUGCUUGAGUUAUAGUAUAUGGUUUCUUUGUAA